GCGCUUAUUGCUGCAAGGUCGGCAUUUCUGCUCACUGCUGGCUGCGUCGUCUUCAAGUGCUUCGUCGCCGUGUCUGGCGAUGAGCAAGCAAGCUGGAGACAGCGUCUUUCCGCAGCCGAAGUCGCAACUCACCGGCGUGAAGGCUGCCCUCCAGUACACUGGCAUCCCACCCUCAUGGCUUGACAAGCGUCCCAGCCUGCCUUCGCGCAAUUGGCUCAUCUUUCUCGGUGUCACCUCAACCAUCGCAGGCUACUACAUCUAUGACAGGCGGAAAUGCAAAGAAAUCCGCAAGGAGUACGUCGACAAGGUCAAAAAUCUCGCAGACGUCCCGCUGCAUUCUUUGGACUAUCCGCGGAAGGUCACCGUGUACGGCUCGAAAUGGCCCGCGGACGAAGACUACGACCGUGGCAUGAAGUACUUCCGCAAGUACGUUAAGCCAAUACUGGUCGCCGCUGCGAUCGACUUUGAGAUGAUUAACGGCAGGCGACACGGGGACUUGGCGAGGCGAAUAGCGGAUGACAUCAAGAAGAGGCGAAGGCUUGAGCUAGGCCUUGACCAACCUCCCAUCGUCCUACCGCACCACUCCCCGGAGGACCAGCGCCGGCGAGAGCUUGAAGGUGGCAUCGUCAUCGUCGGGCGACCGACCUUCAAGGAGUUCAUGGCCGGCCUGAAGAGAGGCUGGACAGAACGCCUUGAGAUUGUGGACAGGGAGGAGAUGCUCUCACAAGACCUCGAGAACGACGGCAAGUUUGACGAAUCAGAGCUGGAGACGAAUGUGGUGUCCGACGGGCCUGACCUGGAUGGCGAACCCAUCCCUACCACCUCGCGCCUCCCAUCGUCCAAGUCGUUCCCGGCGUUCACCCCACCACAUCUUCAAGGGCCAUCCCCCUCCUCUACUGCAAAAGCCUCAGAACAAUCCACCAUCCCCGCCUCUAUGAACACCCCGCCUGCGCGCAUACCUCCGAUGCCCCCGGUCCUGCUAGUCCACUUCGUUGACUACAUCGGGUUCUCGCAGAUUCCGCACAUGAUCUGGGAGUUUUUCAACCAGCGGCAUAAAGCGCAGUCGGGUGCCGAAGCCGCAUACCGCCUCGUCAAGGAUGUAACGCGUCCGUUCAAUGCCCCGCCCGAAGAGGAGCUCUCGCGACUGGCAGCGGAGGCGGAAUCGCAAGGCGAGCCGGACCCUUCGCAGCCGCACCUAUCCGAGCCAUCGCUCGCGGACCUCGACUUCGACAAGGACGUCGAAUCAUCCUACAAGAAGUCGUACGUUCGCGACUUCACUGAUGUAAUCACGAAGGCACGGCAGGAGUACUACGAGAAACUCCCGGCGCGUUUGGAGACGGCGCGUGCUCUUGCUUGGGGCACGCGCGAGCCGACGAAGGAGGAGGCCAAUUACCCGCCUCCGACGGAGGUGGAGCUGCGUGCUGAGCGGAUGAAGAAGGAGCUGCGCUGGCGAGCAGACGAGGAGGGUUGGGAUAUCAUCAGGCCAGGCAAGCCUGUUGCAUGGGACGAGCGGCUCAGGGAUGUGUUGAAGGUAUUCGUCGACCCGCCAUCGGAGACGAGGAGCGGACAGGCGAAGGAAGAGGAGGCAAAAUGA